AUGUCCCGCCGCAAGGCCGGCAGCGCGCCCCGCCGAGUCGACCCCGUGCCCGCCAGCUCAGACGACGAGAUGGAGAUGCCGGACCUUGUCACCGAAGUGAAGCCCGAGCUAGACGCGCGGCUCCUGCAGGCCCGGGGACUGGGGCCCUUCUCCCCGAAGGAGGCGCCCGCGCCUGGGUGCUUCGGUGACGAGCCCCGCCACUCCCCAGGCUCCACGCCCGCCGGGGCCGCUCUCCACGCUCUUGGCGCGUGGAGCCAGUGGGCCCCGUGGACGCCGCUGAUCACCAACUCUCUCGACCGCCAGUCCUGGACCGACAAACACCCAGAUCUGUUGACCUGCGGCCGCUGCCUGCAGACCUUCCCGUUGGAGGCCAUCACUGCCUUCAUGGACCACAAGAAGCUGGGUUGUCAGCUCUUCAGAGGCCCCAGACCCCGCCAUGGCCCAGAACGUGAGGACCUCAAAGCUUUGAGCUGCCUUCGCUGCGGGAGACAGUUCACGCGGGCCUGGAAGCUGCUGCGCCAUGCCCAGUGGGACCACGGCCUGUCCAUCUACCAGACAGAAUCUGAGGCCCCCGAGGCCCCGCUGCUGGGCCUGGCUGAGGUGGCAGCGGCCGUGUCCGCUGUGGUGGGACCGGAGGUUGAGGCCAGCAGUCUCCGGGCGAGCGGCCGGCGGAGCCCCACCUGCUCCGUGUGCAAGAAGACCCUUAGCUCCUUCAGCAACCUCAAGGUGCACAUGCGUUCUCACACAGGUGAGCGGCCCUAUGCCUGCGACCAGUGUCCCUACGCCUGUGCCCAGAGCAGCAAGCUGAACCGCCACAAGAAGACCCAUCGCCAGCUGCAGCCCCAGAGCCCCUGCGCUGCCGACGCCGGGCAGGAGCAGGCUUCCGCGGCGCCCCCCGAGCCGGCUGCCCACGCUGCCGCCCCGGCCAGCACCCUCCAGUGCAGCGAUGGGGAAGGGGCUGGGGCCGCCGCCACAGCUGGAGUCCAAGAGCCCGAGGCCCCUGGCGGUGGGGCUCAGGCCGGCCCUGGGGAGGACGGUUGGGGAACUGCCAGCAAGGAACAAGCUGAUCCUGCCAAGAGCCAGAAGUCUUUGCCCAAGAAGAUGCAGAAGUCAGGGGGCAAGAGCCGCGGGCCCGGGGGCAGCUGCGAGUUCUGCGGGAAGCACUUCACCAACAGCAGCAACCUGACGGUGCACCGGCGCUCGCACACGGGGGAGCGGCCCUACACCUGCGAGCUCUGCCCCUACGCCUGCGCCCAGAGCAGCAAGCUCAACCGCCACCGGCGCAUGCAUGGCCUGGGGCCCAACGGCGCCCACUUCGCGUGUCCCCACUGCCGCGUGCCCUUUGGCCUGCGCGCUACGCUGGACAAGCACCUGCGGCAGAAGCACCCUUUAGCAGCUGCCCCUGGGCCCCACUGUUAA